ACCAGAAGAUGUCGCUGUCAGCUCUCCACACACUGUAAACACCAUCUGUUUCAGUUCAGCUAGCUGCUAACUUACUGUUAUGCUAUCGAACAGGUUGCUUCGUCUGGCCAACACACAGCUGCGGUAGAUAAAUGAAGCACCGUUGUAACAGGGAGUUUGACAACACGGGAGAGAUCGAGGGAACAUGCGGACAUGUGACUGCAUAUAGGAAAACCUGAAAAUGGACAAGGAGAGCAAACUGACAUCUGCUGCCCAGUCUCUUGUCCAUAAACAGCAGAGACGACAGAGAAGAGAUCCUGCAGAGCCAGCCUCGUUACCAAAUCCAUAUGUGACUGACCAGAGUUUAAGAGGGAGCCGGUCUGGUCUGAGCCCAAAGCAGAGUCCAUCAAAUACAAAUGGAGGGCCAGCAGGAAAAGUAGGAGCUGUGUCCAGGAGUCAUGGCUACAGCAGCAGCCGUCCUGUCAGAGAGACCAGUGAGGAUUUCCUGCAGAGGGACAGGCCCCUACGGGAUCCACAAGCAAAGGCUUCAAAAAGCAACAAUGACUCUCCUGUUAAAGGCAGACUAAUGGGCAAGAGCUCACUGGAUGCACAGAAAAAAGGUUUUAGAGGUACCAGGUCUGCCCCGAACUUUGCAGGGAUGUCCAAACCAGCACAGAUGGAUCUGGUCCCAUUCGAAGUGAAGAUAUCUGAUUUCCCAGAGUUGGCUGGUGUUUCGCUGGGCAAAGCAGGCCCUCCUCCGGUUCAAAGAGAGUGCUGGGGUCCGACUUCUUCAUCCUCAAGCCCUCUAACGCAAACAUCUGCUUCUCCCUGGAGGUCUGGCAGGAGAGGAUCCCCAUCACAGCCUGACCCCCAUCAAACUGCCACUAAUCCUAAAUCGGAUCCCUCUGCUGCUUCACCAGGUCAACCAUUGAUGACUUCCUGGGCUAAUGUUGCCUCUCAGCCUCCAAAGAAACUUGUCCCUAAAGAGAAGAUGAUCAGCAGCAGCCACGUGCAGACGGAGGAAAUGGCUGCACAGCAGGAAGAGGGAGCCCCGGGGAAGAAGAGACGGAAGAAAAAGAAGAAGAAGGCUAAAGGUGCUGACGAAGACGCAGAAGCUGAGUUAGAAGGCAAUUUUUCAGUAGUUUAUCAGGAGCCUCCAAAAUUUGAGGAUGAAGAGGAGUUCCCUGGUUUGACUCUUGCUUUAACUGGGACUGAUAGAUUGAUAACAAGCAGCAAUAUCGCAAAACUAUGCAAUGAGGAAAACCAAAGAGAAGGUGUUAAGCAUCAGUUUGCUGACCAAACCAAGGUCAAAUCACCUGCAGCAAAAACUCCCACAGAGACAGCUAAAAAAGCGCAGAAAGCUGAAAAGGUGUCUGGGAAGAAGAGCAAAGUGCCUGUAAAGCUGGACAUUGGAAACAUGUUGGCCGCCUUGGAAAAGAAACAACAAUCUCAAAAAGCCAAGCAGGACGCCAAGCCAGUCAUUCUCUCAGUUGGUGGAGGACUACCUGUUGUCCAGAAGCAACCAUUAAUCCAAAAGAAGCCCUGGCAGCAGGAUAAAAUUGCACACAAUCCCCUGGACUCUACCAGCCCUUUGGUGAAGAAAGGCAAGCAAAGAGAGGUGCCCAAAGCCAAGAAACCCACUCCUCUCAAGAAGGUCAUUUUAAAAGAAAGGGAGGAGAGAAAACAAAGACGUUUGCUGGAGGAGAGAGGGCUGCUGCCUGAAAAUGAGUUCCAACCUGCUAAUGAUGCUGCAGAAGAAGAGCAGUUUGACACAAAUGUCACAGAUGAGGUUGGUAGUCCUACAGAAGAACUUGAUAAUCAGUCAGAGUUUAAUGGCACGAACCAGAUGGUGAGAGACGGUGAUGAAGAGGUGGACAAAGACGAGACCAUGGAGCAUCACACCACCUCACCUGUGCCCUCCCCGGCCAGUCGACCCAAAAUCCACAGCAGAAAGUUCAGAGACUAUUGCAGCCAGAUGCUGAGCAAAGAUGUGGACGAGUGCGUGACAGCUCUGCUCAAGGAGCUGGUUCGUUUCCAGGACCGCCUGUACCAGAAGGACCCCAUGAAGGCCCGCAUGAAGAGAAGGAUCGUGAUGGGGCUCAGAGAGGUGCUGAAGCACCUCAAACUCAGGAAGGUCAAGUGUGUCGUCAUCUCACCCAACUGUGAACGCAUUCAGUCCAAAGGAGGCCUGGAUGAGGCUCUUUACACCAUCAUCGACACUUGUCGUGAACAGGGGGUGCCAUUUGUGUUUGCCCUCUCCCGGAAAGCUUUAGGUCGCUGCGUCAACAAGGCAGUGCCUGUCAGCUUGGUGGGCAUCUUCAACUAUGAUGGUGCACAGGACCUCUAUCAUAAGAUGAUUGAGUUGUCGUCCGAGGCCAGGAGAGCCUAUGAGGAGAUGGUGUUGAGCCUGGAGCAGACAGGCCGGGUGGAGCAGGCGGAGAACACUGAGGAAGAGCUGCAGAUCAGUGGCCUGGCUGAUGAGGCUGAACCCAGUCCUGACGCCACACAGCCAGAGGAACCAGAAUACAUAAAAAUUUGGAAGAAGAUGUUAGAGAAGGAUUGCAACCACAAAUUUCUAAACUUUGAGGAGCAGCUGAGCUCCAUGCACUUGGACAGUGAAUGCACUGAAAACACUGACGAAGAUGAGAAGGGCUGACUCAGCGGCAAAGCCUUUCAUGCCUAAAACAGGAACCCACUUGUGCUCAUCACCAGCUUGGAAGAAACUAGGAUGCAGAUAGAGAGCAAUGCGAGGUGCUCUGCUGCUUUUGGUUCUGGGGAUUUUGUCAGGAAUUUAAUAAUUUUGCUAAUAGUUUGUAAUGAAUUAUGAAUUUUUAUUUUUUUUUCUGAAAAGCUUAAGUAAUAUUUUUUUGUGUUUGGUUCAAGAUAAUUAGGCAAAGCUGUGUAUUUCGUUUUUUAAGUCUGUGUGUGGAUUAUAAACUGAAGAGGUUAACCACUGAUUUACUGGGACCAAACCAGUCACUUGAAGAGAUCCCACAAUAUGAAUUUUCAGACAGGUUUUUGAACAUAGCGGAUGUGCAUGGGUUUAUGUACUGAAUGUGUGUAGAAUAUCAGCUAGACAGCACUAAGAAACUAUCAGUAUGUUGAUUUGACCCUAUGUUAUGAACUUCUGCCCUGGAGCCAUUAUGGUGCAUUUUGUUUUUCUCAUAUCAAUUAAGUUCAGUUUAAAGUAUUUUUCUGCCUUUUUUGCCUUAAUUUGACCGGCACAUUACAGAGAGGACAGGAAAUGAAGGGAGAGAGAAAAUGGAGAACGUCCAACAAAGGGCAUUGCAUUGUUACAUGGGCAGUGACUGAAGUGAGCUCAAAUUAGAACCAAUUUGAUUUUAAGCUUGUGAAAUUAUGGCUUUAUAUCAACCUUUGAAAAACUGUGUGUGGGGGGGGAACUGUGUUCAUGUUUGUGAAUGUAGAGAAGAUUUAUGGAAUGUUAUCGCGUAAAGUUCCCGCACUUAACAUGACACUGAAGUUACACAUGCCCACAAACACCCUGCUUUUGUUUGUUAAAGCAAGGCCAAAGUAGACAGUUUGCAGACAGUAGUUUGCUUUGCUGUUAAUAUCCAAGAAAACAACAUAUUAAAGCAGUUCAUACUUUCAAGUUAUUAUAAUAUUUGGGCCAUCAGACGUCAAUCAAUCUGCAACUUUUAGUUCAAGUUUUAGAUUUCUUUUGUGCAUUUCAUUGCCUUGUGGGACAAUAGUGUUAAUCAGCAGCACACACACACGACACAGAUUUAUUUACUUGUUCUUAGAUUUUUUUUCUCUACAACUAUAAAUCUUUCCUACACACUUCACAAAGGGAAGGGUGGUACACAACCAGAUACUUCCGGAUUAUUUCUAAACAUAAUUUCACAAGCUCAAAAUCUUACUGACCCUUAUUUGAACAGAAAGUCUUAUAAACCUGUAGGCCACCUUGACGCGUGAUGCCUAGGUUCAAUUUAGAGUUAAAAAUUAAGCCAUGCUGCUGCUUUGCAUAAAAAAAUUAAAUCCUUUUUAACAUGAGCAAGACAGAACCUUGUUUAUCCUGAUUGCACUACAUAGUAGUGCUUGUGUUUUUCAUUUGCCUGACACUACCAAAGUACUACACAAUAUCUGUCGUACUACCUGUGAUUAGGUGUAAAUGGUAGCAUUUGAUUUUCUUGUAAGAAGAAGAACGGCAAGAUAAUGUUAAAGAAACAUUACCUGCUGUUAACUGAACUUGGUUGAAAAGUUGUUCAGGAGGAGUUUUCUGUUGUCCGACAGAGGAAAAAGAAAUUAUAAACUGGCAUAAUGAUAAAACAGGACAAAUUACAGUAAUCUGAAGUGCAAGGUGACAGUUACAUGUAAAAAGAAGCAAUAAAUGGGCAAGAUGAACAGUCAGAAUUCAGCAGAAUUCAGAUUUUAGAGAAGAGUCUUAUGAUUAUGACCUAUGAGGACUUAAACACUUGCAGAUAUCAUUGCGAGGUAGAAAUUGCUAAUGUAAAAAGUUAUGUUGUAGAAAUGUGUAAUGCCGGAUGUGGUUAAAAAAAAAAAUGUUUCAAAUCUUAGGUAAAGUGCAGAAAUAGUAAUUAUUGUAAUUGGAAGUUGGUAUGGGAUUGUGCUCAUGCAAGGAGGGCCUGAUCGCAUGAUCAAGUCUGCCUAAAAUAUGUCUUUGUACAAGGAGGAAGAGGGUUGUUAAUGGACUGUUUUUAUGGUAGACAUUUUGACAUGUUACAAGAGGAAAAGCACAGGUGUAACUAACAGCAUUCAUUAUGGCUGCUUUCCAUUUAAUCGUAAUGUCGGUUCCAGGGUCACAGUGUUAGGACACCUAAAUGAAACGGAGCCAUCAUUAAUGCUAGUAAUAGCACCGGUGCUUUUCCUGCUAGGAUUGAAGUCAAAAUGUCUGCUGAAGUCUUACAUUUCAUGUGAAUCUUACAGCAGACGUUGAACAUUUUGGGAAAUAUUCUCAUUCGCUUCCUGGGUCCAGGCUAUUUCUUAGGUCUGAUCAGUUGCCAGGCAUUUAGAGAGACACCAGGAAGUUACUGAACAUAACUCCCCAUAAAAUGACAACUUGUCACUUUUACUCUUAGAAUUUUGGUACGGAUAAAAUAAAACACGUUAAAUAGCAAACUUUAGGUGGAUUUUGUUACUGUCAGUCAUAGUCCAUGUUUACAGUAUUUGUGCUAAUUUAAGCUAAUCAGCAACUGUAGUCUUUAUUUACCAUACAGAAAAGUGACAGGAAUUCUCAUCUAAUUCUCCACCAGAAAGCGAAUAAGCGUAUUUCCCAAAACGUUGAUCUAAUCCUGUGGUUCAGUAAAUUCUGUGGAAAUAAGAGACCAACUGUGAAACAAUAGGAAUUUAGAACUGCAUGAUGCAAGGCCUAAUGUUGUAAAGGUAUAUUUUUUGAUUCAGUUUUUAUAAAUCCCUAAAACUCUGUAUGUUAGAUCGAGCAUAGACAUAUUUCCUAGGAGAAUGGAGAUACAAACAAUAAAUUUUUGAUACAUUAAUAAA